CAUUCUGACCACACUCGACGUCAUUGUUUUGGCUCGGGUUGACUGCCGCUUGUCCAAUUUUCUCCCCCGCAACAUGUGAGGGAUCUGCCCACGAUGGCCAGCACAGACCAGGAAGCUACGUCGAGGUAACCGACUGCCCAGAUGGCUUCGCGCCCACCGAUAAUCCCAGUUUCGUGAAGUUGUUGCUGACCGACCCCGCUGGAGCAAACAGGGACGCUACAACCCUCCAACCCCCGUGGCAUCCCGUAUGCGCCGUUUGUUGAUAAGGUCGAGGACUAUGUCACGACACGGGCGGACGUCGAGCCGACCUUGCGGCGGUUCCAGGAAAUGAUUGCGAAAUACCAGUUUAUGGAGCAGAAUCUACAACGGAGGGUGGUGGGGCUGAAGGAAAAGCUGCCCGAUAUCCGGAAGACGUUAGAAACCGUCCGGUUCUUGAAGUCGAGGACGCCCGAGUCGGAUGCGAUUGAGACGACCUUCGAGUUGAACGAUACCCUCUACGCAAAGGCUGAGAUACCACCUACGGACGAAGUUUACUUGUGGCUCGGGGCCAACGUGAUGUUGUCAUACCCGAUUGGGGAGGCCGAGACGCUCCUUGACUCCAAGCUCCAGGCUGCGAAGCAGAGCUUAUCGAACUGCGAGGAAGAUUUGGACUUUUUACGGGAGCAAGUAACGACUAUGGAAGUGGCGGUCGCUAGGGUAUACAACUGGGACGUUGUGCAAAAGCGCAAAGAUAAGGAAGACGAGGAUAAGGCAAAAGGGAAAGGGGCCGAGGGGUCGUCCGGAAGCUGAGACUAGCACCUCUGAAGGAGAUGCUCGUAAUAAACGAUCUUCGAGUUAUCGAGCCUGCGGCGCCCUCCUGUCAACGGGAUUUGGCCUUGGAGAUCUACAGAUGAACAGGGACAAUGAUGAUCUAAGGGACCCGAAUACUUUUUCGACGCCGAUCAAGGACAACGCAAAUGGUUGUUUUGCAUUAUGGUGAUGGGAACAAGAGAUAUGCGCCGCAUAGUGCAUGUCAAAAGCGAGCAUAGGUGGCUGUGCGUGUGCUCGAGGUGUUCCCAGAUUCGCUAGUUGGAGGACCUGAAGGCGGCAGAGUUCGAGACUCGCGGCCCUGUCUAGCUGUGCCCCAGACCCGACUGCAGCCAGUCGCUGUGCGUCGUGUUAUGCUCCAAACUGCCCGGCAGCCCAAAGUCGAGGCGGGCCAACUGCUGACCGGCCUCAGAUCUGACAUCUCCUGUGUAACCCCGUGUUAGGAAG